AAUUAUGUUCUUAUGUAGGAACAUUGUAGAAACCCUGUCUCUGAAGGAGGGAUGACAUGUAAUGGACCAGAUAACUCUGGAGCUUGUACAACUCUGGAAGAGGAUCCUGACCAAGAGCUGGCUGAUGAAUUCUCCAGACUACAAACAUUUGCCACUUUUCCAAGCGACUGUCCGGUUUCCUCCUUAGCUCUUGCCAAAGCUGGUUUCUUCUACAGUGGAGAACAAGACAAAGUAAAGUGCUUUAGGUGUCAUGCAACUGUAGAAGGAUGGCAACAAGGGGACUCUGCAGUUGGAAGACACAAAACAGUUUCUCCAGACUGCACAUUUAUUAAUGAUGUUAACUUGGGGAGGAAUUGUAUGCUUUCUGUUCUGCCCAGUAAUCAGUGCAGAAGAGAAACUUGCCUAGCAGUUAAUUCUCUCCAACCGGCUCAUGAUAUUUCCUCAGAUCUUCAUGCAGAUUAUCUGUUGAGAAGCAGGCAAGUGGUGGAUCUCUCAGGUUCUCUGUACCCCAGAAAUCCUGCUAUGUGUAAUGAAGAAGCCCGGCUGCGAACUUUUCACAACUGGCCACCCUAUGCCCCUGUUGCUCCAAAGGAGUUAGCAAGUGCUGGACUCUAUUAUACUGGAAUUGAUGAUGAAGUCGAAUGCUUCUGUUGUGGAGGCAAACUGAAAAACUGGGAACCUUGUGAUCAGGCUUGGUCAGAACAUAGACGCCAUUUCCCGAGGUGCUUUUUUGUCCUUGGUCACGAUGUUGGAAACAUUGGAAUUGUUCCAAAUCAGUCUGGGGAUGCUAAGCUUAACAGAGGUAGCAUCCAUAAUGGCAGUCUCCCUCAGAAUCCAUCUAUGGCAGAUUAUGAAACUCGCAUUAAGACCUUUGCAACAUGGAAUUAUCUGAUUAGCAAGGAAAAGCUGGCUCGAGCAGGCUUUUAUAGCAUUGGAAAUGGUGACAGUGUCAUAUGCUUUCACUGUGGGGGUGGACUGGGAGAAUGGAAGGCGUUUGAAGACCCUUGGGAGCAGCAUGCAAAGUGGUAUCCUGGGUGCAAAUAUCUGAUAGAAGAAAAGGGGCAAGUCUUUGUGAACGACAUUCAUCUAACUCAUUCACUGCAGGAGUCUACAAUAGAGAAGGCAGAGAAGACAAUACUUGCUAAAGAUGAGGACCUGUUACAGAAUAAAAUGAUAGAGAAUGCAGUACAUAUGGGUUUCAACCUGGAUGAAAUUAGAAAAGCUAUGGAAAGGAAACGCCAUCUAUCUGCAGAGAGCUAUAGAUCCAUUGAGGCUCUGGUUGGAGAUUUAAUAAGUGCUCAGCACGAAAAUGCACCGCGUGCAUCCUGGGAAAAGGAUCUCAGUACUGAAGAAAAGUUGAGACGCUUGCAAGAGGAAAAGUUGUGUAAAAUCUGCAUGGACAAAACCAUCUCAGUCGUCCUCAUUCCAUGUGGACAUCUUGUUGCUUGUGAGGAUUGCGCCAAAGCAGUUGACAGAUGCCCUUUGUGUUGCACAGUGAUUACCAAAAGGCAGAAGAUCUAUACGUCCUAAUUGCAAGCACCAUGUUAUGCAAGUGGAAAACUCCCCUUCCAUUCCUGAUGCUGACUACGUAUGCAGUUUUUAUACAGACAUGGAUUCAAAGAAAGGAAGCUUUCAUUUAAUACUCCAGAGUUUUGUAUGGAUUACAAAGCUGCUAAAUUCUGUUCACUUGAUUUUAUCCCUCAUGCCUUGCCCCUGAGAACCCAUAGGUGAGGAUUAGGCAAUCUGGCCCUCCACGUAUAGUUGCAUUGCAACUCUAUUUAUCCUUUGUGCCUGCCCGGGUUAGCUGAGGCUAAUGGGAGUUGCAGUCCUACAUUGCUGUAAGUUUUAUAGAGUCACUUAUCUAACCUGGGGGACUCUCUUUGUUUUGGAACAGCCAUUUGGUUAACUUCAUCCACCUUGUUUUUUAUCUUGUCAUUGCCCAGUUUAAAGUCACUUGGAAACACAGUUCUCAUUAAGGCUGUAACCCUACAUGUGGGUUCUACCACUGGAGAUAGGGGCUUGCCUAUUACUUAUACUUCCCCCACUUGUGUUCUGAAAUAGUACAACCCAGACACAGGCAUUCCCCUACUGGAGAGAACUAGGGCAGAGGUUCCCCCAAGGUCUGGCUGAGAUGUUGCCAGUAUGGUUUUUGAUAGUAAAAGGUCUGAAACACAGUUUUAUGAAAAAGGUCAAGCCGUAGAGCUGCUUGGAUCUUGAACCACUCUGGCUGCCUCUGUAGCAGUGAUAAUACAAACUUACAACAGUCUACUUAUAAAACUACUUUAUUGCUUUUUGGCCUUCAUAAGAGCCUUCAACAUGUUUUACAUAAUUCAGUAAACAUUGGAUGCCCUAACUCUGCUGUUUAUAUUUGUAGACCUACAUGUACACUACAUGACAACCUGUUGGGAGCCAAAAUACAACUGUUAUAACAAAUAACUCGGGCCUCUCUUAGUAAACCAAAAGAUCAGAGCAGCUCUAGUUUUAAGUUGUAUACUUUAACCUUUUGUAAACUAGUGUGUAAGAAAGACUAGCCAUACAAUUAAACUAUUCUGGACAGAUGCAGAAUGAUAAUGACUUUGGCUGCCCAACCGUUAGUUGGUGGAAAGAACCUCAUGGUCAGCCUAAGAGAUCUCUGAGCACUUAGGGUGGUUGUAGUUUUCUCUUGUUAAGUUAAAUGAAUGGCAUGUGUGCAACUCAUCAUUGCAGUUUAGGAUUUAAAUUCAUUUGUUGGCUGGUUAACAAGUACAGCUGAAAUUUAGAACUUAUAUAGAUAUAACGGCUGGUAAUCAGAUGCACUUCUCACAACAUUUGAUGCUUUGAUUUGGUUGGUUGGCUUUUGGGUUUCCCACUGAUUCUACAGUUGUCUAAAAGUCUUGUGUCUUGAGCAGAAUCCGACUAAUAUUGCUUGCUCACUUGAUUUAUUUCAAUGGGACUUGUGCAAGAACACCACUCUUUACUCAUGACACCAUGAGCACCAUGUUAUAGAAGCAGAGAAAGAACAGCACUGGUCAUGAGUAAUGGAUCCAUCCUGUUUUAUUCCUUUGUAGUUUCUGGCAUAAUCCACCUGUGUUCAGCAGCAUAACAAGAAAAUACUCUUACAUGGGAAAGACCUCUGCAUUACAUUUUUCCCAGUCUUGCUGUAUUUUUUAAUUUUCCUUAAUAUUGAUGGCAUCCUUAAACUGUAUUUUGUAUAACUGAAGAUAAUAUUUAAAUACACUUACAUUUAGAUUUCAAACCAAAAUUUUUAUGAGCUUGAUGGUAAAUAUUGUUGGUCCUAAAAGAAAAGAAGAAAGUCCUUGGUCCCUAGAUUCAAGCUUUGAGUUGAUCAAACAUAUUUCAGUGUACUGACAGAAUUUAUUUUUUUAUAAACACUACAAUCAUGUAAUAUAAUUUUAGAAAUGUUCUCCAAUCGUACUUUUGACAAUUUUAAAUAAACUUUCUUAUACAUCAAAAA